CAACUUCGUCCCCUCAGCCUGAGUUCACCCCCACCCAAACCCUAGCCAAAUCGCUUCCCCUCCGCCACAAAGAUGCAGAUCUUCGUCAAAACCCUAACGGGUAAGACGAUCACCUUGGAGGUCGAAUCCUCCGACACAAUCGACAACGUCAAGGCCAAGAUCCAGGACAAGGAGGGCAUCCCCCCGGACCAGCAGCGCCUCAUCUUCGCCGGAAAGCAGCUCGAGGACGGCCGCACCCUCGCCGACUACAACAUCCAGAAGGAGUCCACCCUCCACCUGGUGCUCCGCCUCCGCGGUGGCGCGAAGAAGCGCAAGAAGAAGACCUACACCAAGCCGAAGAAGAUCAAGCACAAGCAUAAGAAGGUGAAGCUCGCCGUGCUCCAGUUCUACAAGGUGGAUGACUCCGGCAAGGUGCAGAGGCUGAGGAAGGAGUGCCCCAACGCCGAGUGCGGCGCGGGAACUUUCAUGGCGAAUCACUUUGAUAGGCACUACUGUGGUAAGUGUGGAUUGACCUAUGUCUACAAUAAGGCCGGCGGUGAUUGAGGUUCUUCUUUGCUAGUGCGAUCUCAGUGAGAGGUUCGCUAUAUGUUGAAUCGUCGUUUCUGAACGAUUUUAUUUCUAUAAUUUUGACAAUUUAAAUCUAGCUUUCUGGUAUUUUGAAUUAUGGAUUAAGUAAUGUUAUGUUUCUGAAAGUUCAAGUUUUUGAAUUUGGUUUA